CAUCUGCACUCUUUCAUCUUUGUUCAUAUUUAACCUCCAACUACAGCCAUCUACUUCAUCUUAACCAACAACUCUUUGUUGGAGAUCGAUCUCCUGGAUCUCAAACUAAAAUGGGUUUGAAGUUAUUCCUAAUUUCCUUCAUUCUCAUAUCACUUUUCUUCACAAUGCUCUACAUAUCCACCUACUCAACUUCAUUUGAUAUCAACAUACUAAACCAAUCAUCAAUCCCAACAACUCUCCUAAUCCCCAAAUCGAUCAACAACACCAGGCCAUACCCAGUUUCCUUCGCCUACUUGAUCUCUGCAUCCAAAGGCGAUACUGCCAAGCUGAAACGAACGAUUCAAGCGCUUUACCAUCCGGGGAACUUGUACUUGAUUCAUUUGGAACGGGAAGCUACGGAAGAUGAACAUCGAGAGAUUGCGAGAUUCGUUAGGGAUAAUCAUGUUUUCCAACUUGUGGGGAACGUUAUGAUUGUAGGGAAACCUAAUAGAGUGACGUACAGAGGACCAACGAUGCUUGCGACUACUUUGCACGCCAUGUCGAUGCUUUUGAGGAUAGAUGCACAGUGGGAUUGGUUUAUUAAUCUCAGUGCUUCUGAUUACCCUUUGGUCACUCAAGAUGAUCUGAUAUCUGCCUUCUCGGUGCUGCCAAGACAUCUCAAUUUCAUCCAGCACAGCAGUCGGUUGGGUUGGAAACUGAACAAGAGAGGGAAGCCAAUAAUGAUCGACCCAGGUCUUUACAGUUCAAAUAAAUCAGAGAUAUGGUGGGUAAUCAAGCAAAGAACUCUCCCCACUGCUUUCAAGUUGUAUACAGGUUCAGCAUGGACUAUAUUAUCAAGAUCAUUUGCAGAAUAUUGCAUAAUGGGUUAUGAAAACCUACCACGAACACUCCUACUUUACUACACGAAUUUUGUUUCAUCUCCAGAAGGAUACUUUCAAACUGUUAUAUGCAACUCAAAAGAGUACAAGAACACGACAGUCAACCAUGAUCUUCAUUACAUCACAUGGGACACUCCUCCAAAACAGCACCCAAGGUUGCUUGGACCCCGAGAUUAUAGAAAAAUGGUUUUAAGUAAUCGCCCUUUUGCAAGAAAAUUCAAGCACAACAAUGCAGUUCUUGAUAGAAUUGACCAUGAAAUACUCAAAAGAAGUCAUCCUACUCAUUUUUCUCAUGGGGGUUGGUGUUUGAAGAGUGAUGAUGAUGAUAAGCAUCAAAAGUGCUCAAGUUUUCAUAACGAUGGGUUUGGUGUUUUGAAGCCUGGGGCAGGUGGUAGAAGAUUGGCAACAUUGUUAAAAAAGUUGACUUCUAAUCCCAAUUUUAGUAGACACCAAUGUAGAUGAGGUUUAUAUUUGAUGAUAUAAUAAAUCGCUUAUAAAUGUUAUUCACGAUUGUUAGUUAAGAGAAUUUUGUUUGUAAUGUAAUAUUCGAGUUCUUGGUUGAGAAUUUGUUAUUUUUUAUAAUGGGAU